AAUGUUAAGAUACAUUCAAACCUCAUUCAGUUAACUUUGAAAGGAACGCCAUUUCAUAUUUUAUUUUACUGUAUAUGGAGGAGACUCAAAACCCUUUGAUGGGGCAUCGUAUUUGAUUGGUCUCAGACUCCGCGACACUCAUCCGUCCACCCAUCCUGUGUCUGUAUGCAAACCGAAGGCAACGAUUCACAUUAGCAUUGACACAUUCCUCAGGUAGUUUAAGCAAAGCAAAUAGAAGGAGGAGUCUGAUUAUCCAUUGUGUAAUUAAGUUUCCAGAAUCUUCUGUAGCCAUGGCCGCGUCGCCGUCGUCCUCCGCCGCGGCCACCACGAACAUCAUGCUCGCAAUCUUCGAGAAGAAGACUAACUCCAUAGAUCUUUAUCGCCCUCUCCGCAACUACGUGGCCUUCAACUACUCCGAGCGUGAGGCACAGAACCUCGAAGACGAUCUCCAAACCCUCAAGCAACUCCGCACCGACCUCGAACGCCACUCCGAUCCAUCGCUCCCUUCGCGCCGCGACCUUCUCCAAACCUACUUCAAAUCCCUAUGCCUCGUCGAAACUCGCUUCCCUAUCUCCUCCGAUCCCGAUCAUGUCAACACCCUCACCUUCGUCUGGUUCGAUGCCUUCAAGCCUAAACAAAAGGCCUCUCAGCAGAACAUCCACCUCGAGAAGGCCUCUGUUAUCUUCAAUUUGGGCGCCGUUUACAGCCAGAUAGGCCUUUCCUACGAUCGUAACACUGUCGACGGCCGCCGCCAGGCCUCGCACGCCUUCAUCGCUGCCGCUGGCUCCUUCGCCUUCCUCCGUGAUACUGCCUCCAUGAAGGCCUCCAUCGGGAAUUCCGCCACCGUCGAUUUGUCCUUCGAAUGUGCCGGAAUGCUCGAGAAGCUGAUGCUCGCUCAGGCUCAGGAGUGCGUCUUUGAGAACACCAUUGCCAAAGGGAGCACUCCUGGUGUCUGUGCCAAGAUCUCUAGGCAGGUUGGGAUAUUUUAUGAGGAAGCUUCAGCUGCGCUGAAUGUUGCGCCUUUGAGCCAGCAUUUUGAUAAGUCAUGGGUAGUUCAUGUGCAGUUGAAGGCGGCACUGUUCUAUGCAGAAGCUUGUUAUAGGUAUGGAUUGGAGCUACAUGAAAAAGAGGAAAUAGCGGAGGAAAUUGCAAGACUGAGGAGUGCUGUUAAUGUGCUGAGUGAGGCGAAGAAAAACUCGAAGGGUGCUGCAGCGCAAAUUUUAGAUGCGAUUGGCAAGUUGGAGGCCAAUAUUAACCGGAACCUGGAAAGGGCUGUCAAGGAGAAUGAUAGAGUUUACCUCAUGAGAGUUCCUUCUCCAAGUUCCUUGCCGCCUCUUCCAGCAUUUUCUAUGGUGAAGUCUAUGGUGAUGAAUGAGGUGCUGGAUGCAAGCAAGGAGAAGAUGUUUGCGAGUAUUGUUCCUGACAGUAGUGCAAAGGCCCUCUCCAGGUACACUGAAAUGGUAGACAAUGUUAUAAGAACACAGGCUGAAAAGUUACAGCAAGCUAGCGAGCUAACCCGAGUUAAGCUCAAGGAAAUGGAACUGCCAGAUUCUAUUCUUGCUCUGGAAGGAAAUUUCACACUACCAGCAAAUCUCAAAGAAGAUGUAGAGGCUGUGCAAAUCUGUGGGGGACCUACUGGUUUGGAAGCAGAGUUGCAGCAACUUAAAGACCUAAGGAGGGUGAAUGAAGAAUUGCUGGUCCAGACUGAGGAGUUGCUGCAUAAGGAAUCAAGAGAAGAUGCACAAUUUAGAAGCCAAUUUGGCACAAAAUGGACCAGGCCUCAGUCAACCACGUUGACCAAGAAUUUGCAUGAUAGGCUAAACAGGUUUGCGGGUAACUUGAAGCAAGCUGCUGAAAGUGAUGGUAGGAUUGAGCGCUCAGUUAGAGAACAUUCAGCCCUCAUGUCGAUCCUUGAUGCCCGUCCGAUUGAAUCUGCACUUCCAAGCUUGGCAAGGCCAAUUAUGUCUUUUGAUCAAAGUGAAGAUGCUAUUGUGGGGUCUCUCAAGCAGAGCUUGAGGCAACUUGAAACUCUAGGAGCUCAAAGGGCUGGUCUUGAAGAUAUGCUUAAAGAGAUGAAAAGAAAGGAUGAUAUAUUACCAAAGUUGAUGACAUCCACUGGUUCUUAUGAUGAUCUUUUCAAGAAGGAAAUAGCAAAAUAUGACCAUAUUUGUGAAGAAAUAGCUCAAAAUAUUGAGGCUCAAGAGCAAUUAUUGCUGCAGAUCCAGGCUCAAAAUGAUGAGUUCUCUGUUAUCUUCAAUCUUGAAGAUUACAAAGCUUCACGGGAAAAAGCCUACAAGCAGAUUGAAGCUGCCAUAGCAAAAUUUCGAGAAAUAAAGGACAACAUUAAUGAAGGGUUAAAAUUCUAUGUUACUCUACAGGAUGCAAUCACGAAUGUAAAGCAGCAGAGCAAUGACUUUGUCAUGACAAGGAAUAUCCAGUGCAGGGAAAUGAUUGAAGAUGUUCAAAGACAAGUGGCUGGUCUGAGUUUCCAGGAUAACAAAAACGCAGGUGCUUUUAACAGCAACUAUCCUUCAGUGGGAAACCAAAAUCAAAGAUCCACUUCACAAACAGAUCCUCGUCCCCAAACACCUUAUUACCAGCCAGCUGAGCAACCACCAGUUCCUCCCUAUGUACACCCACCUGCCCCAUAUGGUCCUGGGCACCAUCAGCCUCCACCUCCAUACCACAUUCCACCAUCAACAGCUGCCCCAUACCCACCCCCUCAGGUCCAUCAGCAGCCACCGCCAAACCAUGAGUAUGGCCAACCAGCAUAUCCUGGAUGGCGUGGUCCAUACUACAAUGCACAAGCACAGCAACCUGGUUCUGUUCCUCGACCACCUUAUACCAUUCCAUCACCAUAUCCUCCGCCUCACCAAAGUGGCUACUAUAAGCAGCAAUAGUGUUUUCAUCCAAACAUCCUGCAGGAUAAAUUUAGUAUUCUUUCUGAUGUUAAUUCUCUCUCAAAUAAAUGAGAUUAGUCCUAAAUCUUAAAAGCCUUUGCAUAGCGUGAAAAUCUUAAUUAUCUUUUUGAGUUGGUUUGCAUCAUCAUUGGAUUGUGAAUAGUUUAGCUUAUACAACAAUGUCAUAUGUAUAGUUUGUUUGACUUACACUUUACUAGUGGGAUUGUCCCAUCUAUAAAACUGUCAUUAAGACGAAAUAUAAAGCAUUACCAGUGUGUGUGUGUGUGUCAUCGGUAGUAUGAUAUUAAUUUUCAGAAUUAAAUUUUCCCAC